AUGAUGAAUACGAGAAAAGUGGCUCCUACUGAUUAUUACGAACGUCAUACGAUGCCUCGAAAAAUCAUCGAAAAGCGACCAGCACGACCAAAAACAAUAUCCUCCAAAGGUUUCGGUAUUAAUAUGUAUACAGCUGGCGAAUUUGCAUCGACUAGAAGCUCAACAUCUGAUUAUGAUGAAUAUGAGUCCAAUAAUCGAAGAAGAGGCGCUGCAGGCUCACUAACAUGUUGCUGCCUAUGUUGUAUGAUAAGCGCAAUCGUAUUAUUAGCAGCUGGUCUCAUCGUUGCCCUUGUAUUUCUAUUUAUGUUAAUGCAUGCUCAAACGAACAAUUCAAGUGCAGUGACAUCGACGGCUAACACAACUACUGGAUCAGCAACAACAACUGUUAAUGCGAAUACUACAUCAGCACCAACAACUGUUAGUGCGGCUACUACAUCAGUAUCAACAACUGUUAGUGCAGCUACUACAUCAGCAUCAACAACCGUUAGUACGACUAAUGCAGGUGAGUGA